AUGAACCGAGUAACCAUUUUACCCGGCCCAAAUACCAACCCUCACGGCCCCAAGCGUCCGCGAACUGAACGCAGAACGGACAACCCAUCCAGCUAGGCACCGAUUCACGAACGAGAGGACGAAGUUGAAUCCUCGAAGAACAGCACUUGACUGGACGAAGCCGAGAAACUCACGAACGCCUUUCGCGGUUCGCGACGCGGAGGUCGGAACGCCGACGCAGCGAAAGCUGUGAUGCUUGGCCGCCUCCCAACCGGCGCGCGGUCCUGCCUCUUCUCAGUGUACCUGUGAUCCGAUUCUUCCCAAUUUCAAGGCCAGAAUCCCAGCCCCUCCGGCCCUUCAGUGAAAUCUGCCUGCUGUCGUUCCUGGUGGACACAUACGCUGAUCCUAAUCAUCGGUUCAAGACACUUCCCAUUUGCGUGACUAGCUGCCUCCAGUUAUCUAUCCAAUGGCUGCUCAUAUGAACAUGGAGAUUGAGGAUGAUGAUGAUUAUGUUGAGUAUGUUCCUGUGGCAAAACGAAGGGCGCUCGAGGCACAGAAAAUCCUACAGCGAAAGGGCAAAUCGGCACCGUUAGAAGAGGAAACUGAAAAGACAAAACAAGUUGAGGCAAAGCCGAGCUUGCUUGUGAAGGCUACUCAGCUAAAGAAGGAAAUGCCAGAGGUGAGUGUGACUGAGCAAAUGGUUCAGCAAGAGAAAGAAAUGAUCGAGCAUCUCUCUGAUAGAAAGACUUUGAUGUCAGUGCGUGAACUUGCAAAAGGGAUUACCUACACAGAACCUAUGUUCACUGGAUGGAAGCCUCCAUUAGCCAUCAGAAGGAUGGCAAAAAGAGCUCGUGACACCAUUCGUAAACAGUGGCACAUUAUUGUGGAUGGAGAUGAUAUCCCUCCGCCCAUUAAGAAUUUUAAGGAUAUGAGGUUUCCGGACCCUAUCCUGGACAAGCUUAAAGCUAAGGGAAUUGUUCAACCGACUCCAAUCCAGGUACAAGGAUUGCCUGUCAUCUUGUCAGGAAGAGAUAUGAUUGGAAUAGCAUUUACAGGAUCAGGGAAGACACUGGUUUUCGUUUUACCGCUUAUCAUGGUGGCCAUACAGGAGGAGAUCAUGAUGCCUAUUGUGCCUGGAGAAGGGCCAUUUGGAUUAAUCAUUUGCCCAUCUAGGGAGCUUGCACGACAGACUUAUGAAGUAAUAGAAGAGUUCCUAGAGCCUUUAAGGAGGUCUGGGUACCCUGAGAUAAGACCUUUAUUAUGCAUUGGAGGAAUUGACAUGAAGUCCCAGCUAGAUGUGGUGAAAAAAGGAGUUCAUAUUGUGGUUGCAACACCUGGAAGACUUAAAGAUAUGCUCGCUAAAAAGAAAAUGAGCCUUGACAAUUGCAGAUAUUUAACACUAGAUGAAGCGGACAGAUUAGUUGACCUCGGUUUUGAAGAUGACAUCAGGGAAGUGUUUGAUCAUUUUAAAGCCCAAAGGCAAACUCUACUUUUUUCUGCCACAAUGCCCACAAAGAUCCAAAACUUUGCGAGAAGUGCUUUGGUUAAACCCAUAACUGUGAAUGUGGGAAGAGCUGGAGCAGCUAACUUAGAUGUUAUCCAAGAAGUAGAGUAUGUGAAGCAGGAGGCUAAGCUGGUUUAUCUUCUUCACUGUUUGCAGAAAACGCCUCCUCCUGUUUUAAUCUUUUGUGAGAACAAAGCUGAUGUGGAUGACAUACACGAGUACCUGCUUUUGAAAGGAGUGGAAGCUGUUUCUAUUCACGGAGGAAAGGACCAAGAAGAGAGGGAGUAUGCCAUUUCAUCAUUCAAAGCAGGAAAGAAGGAUGUGUUGGUGGCAACUGAUGUUGCCUCCAAAGGGUUGGAUUUUCCUGAUAUUCAGCACGUGAUAAACUACGAUAUGCCUGCUGAAAUAGAGAACUACGUCCACAGGAUCGGGCGUACAGGUAGGUGUGGCAAAACAGGAAUUGCCACAACGUUCAUAAACAAAACUCAAAGCCCAACAACCCUUCUUGAUCUGAAACAUCUCCUGCAAGAAGCCAAGCAAAGGAUUCCUCCGGUUCUUGCUGAACUUGAAACUCCAGGGGAGAAUGAUGAUGCAAUCACGAAUGCAAGUGGGGUCAAAGGUUGUGCCUACUGUGGUGGUCUUGGUCAUCGUAUUAGUGAUUGCCCCAAGCUUGAGCAUCAAAAGAGCCAGCAAAUCGCCAAUCAAAGAAGAGACUACUUUGGAUCUGGCGGUUAUCGAGGAGAAAUUUGAUUUGCUAUUUUGUAUAUUAUUAUAUUUUGUCCGUAUAAUUUUCUGAUCAUUUAAUAACUGGAUUUUAUCUUUUGUAGCACACUGGUCAUCUACGGUAAGUUAUACCGUACAACCGGCUUUACCAUGUAUUUGGUACAGCCGGGUACUUUUGUAAUUAAUUCCAAGUUGAAGGCUGAUUAUAUUAACAUCUGUUGAUUUUUUUCUUCGUUGAAGGCUAGUUCCGGACAGCUACUUUCCCGUGGUCUGCCACAUGUGAAUUAAUAGUGAUCGAUUAAAGG